AUGUUAAAUUCGGUCCCACUUGAUCUAAAGCAGGAUAUACUGACUAGAUUGCCUGCCAAGUUCCGAUGCGUCCAAGAUGUGGUCUUCCAUCAUCCCAAGCCCUCAAUUCGUCCCUUCUUUCUUCUCUAUCUCCUCAACAAGACCACGUUUUGUAGUUGCUUUGACUCGAUUGAGGAGCGCCUUGUCUUCCUCUUCUCGAACGAAGAAGGCGAGUCUUCUUCUUUGGUACCAAAUUUCGACAUGGCAUUACCUUGCGUGGGAUUUAGUAGCCCCAUAGGGUCUCGUACUUCUUCUCUCCAUGGCUUUCUCGCUGUUGACGCUUCAGGUGGGUUAAUGAUAUGUAACCCUUCCGCUGAGCAAAUCGUCAACUUACCCGAUCCCGCCAGAUAUGUGGGAUACGAUGAUCAACACAAAUCACCAUCCAUGUCCUUGAGUAUUCCAUUUGGACCAGCUGAUACUCCUCGAGUGCACAAGGUGUUAACAAUUGGACAAGUUAGAGGAUGUAGACAUACUGAACCUCCCUCUACCAUCAUGCCUUAUUAUACUCCCGCACCAGUGGCAGUAAGCAUUGACGGUUUUGUCUACUAUGGUGCACAUAGCCCAAAACGACCUAUGGAUCCAGCUAUUGUGUGUUUUGAUGUCAGAUCCGAGAAGCUAAGUUAUAUCAAAGCACCUCCGGUUAUCCUGCAUGAUGGGACUGAUUCAAUAAUUAUAGAAUACAAAGGGAAGCUAGCUUCCAUUGUGCCAAACCAAACAUUAGAGGUCCCUCGUAUUCAACACCAAGAAGUUUCUUGGCCCAGCUCCCUACAAUUAAAUAUUUAA